CUCAAGGGGAGGAGUUUUGGGCGCAUUUGCCCGGGCCAGAGGAGACGACGAUUGCAGGGUCCCUUCUCCAUCCAUCCAGAUUAAUCUGAUUGUAUUUUUUGGGGAGACAGAUAACGUGGUAGCCUUCCCAGGAUGUCUCGGCCGCUCUCAGACCAGGAUAAGAGGAAGCAGAUCAGCGUGCGCGGCCUGGCCGGAGUGGAGAACGUCACCGACCUCAAGAAGAACUUCAACCGGCACUUGCACUUCACCCUGGUCAAGGACCGCAAUGUGGCCACCACCCGGGACUACUACUUCGCCCUGGCCCACACCGUCCGGGACCACCUGGUGGGACGGUGGAUCCGCACCCAGCAGUACUACUACGAGAAGGACCCCAAGCGAAUCUAUUAUCUCUCCCUGGAAUUCUACAUGGGCCGAACUCUCCAGAACACCAUGGUCAACUUGGCCCUUCAGAACGCCUGUGAUGAAGCCACGUACCAGCUAGGCUUGGAUAUGGAGGAGCUGCAAGAGAUUGAGGAAGAUGCCGGCUUGGGAAACGGAGGCCUUGGGCGCCUGGCAGCUUGCUUUUUGGACUCGAUGGCCACGUUGGGCCUGGCGGCAUAUGGCUACGGGAUCCGCUACGAAUUCGGGAUCUUCAACCAGAAGAUCUGUGGCGGCUGGCAGCUGGAGGAGGCGGACGAUUGGCUGCGUUACGGCAACCCCUGGGAGAAAGCCCGCCCCGAGUACAUGAUCCCCGUCCAUUUCUACGGCCGCAUCCAGCACGACCAUGACGGGGUCAAAUGGGUCGACACACAGGUGGUCCUCGCCCUGCCUUACGACACCCCCGUCCCUGGAUACCGCAACAACACUGUCAACACCAUGCGGCUGUGGUCAGCCCGGGCGCCCAAUGAAUUCAACCUGAAGGACUUUAACGUUGGUGGCUACAUCCAAGCCGUCCUGGACCGGAACCUGGCGGAGAACAUUUCCCGGGUUCUGUACCCCAAUGAUAACUUCUUCGAGGGGAAAGAGCUGCGUCUCAAGCAGGAGUAUUUUGUGGUGGCUGCCACCCUUCAAGACAUCAUCCGCCGCUUCAAAUCCUCAAAGUUUGGCAGCCGGGAUCCCGUCCGCACCUCUUUCGAUGCUUUUCCCGACAAGGUGGCCAUCCAGCUCAACGAUACUCACCCAUCCUUGACGAUUCCAGAGCUCAUGAGAGUCUUGGUGGAUAUUGAGAAGCUCGACUGGGACAAGGCCUGGGAUGUCACCGUGAGGACCUGUGCCUACACCAACCACACCGUGCUGCCCGAGGCCCUGGAGCGCUGGCCCGUCCACCUCUUUGAGACCCUGCUGCCCCGACACCUGGAAAUCAUCUACGAGAUCAACCAGCGCUUCCUGGACAAAGUCUAUGCCAAAUUCCCGGGAGAUCUGGACCGGAUGCGCCGCAUGUCCAUGGUGGAGGAAGGCAGCGUCAAGCGGAUCAACAUGGCCCACCUCUGCAUCGUGGGCUCCCACGCGGUCAACGGCGUGGCCCGGAUCCACUCCGAGAUCCUCAAGGCCACCGUGUUCAAAGACUUCUAUGAGUUCGAGCCCCACAAGUUCCAGAACAAAACCAACGGCAUCACCCCGCGGCGUUGGCUGGUUUUGUGCAACCCGGGGCUGGCCGAGAUCAUUGCGGAGCGCAUCGGCGAGGACUACAUCUCAGACUUGGAUCAGCUGAAGAAACUUCUGGCCUUUGUGGAAGAUGAAGGCUUCAUCCGGGACAUUGCGAAAGUCAAGCAGGAGAACAAGCUGAAGUUCUCGGCCUACCUGGAGAAGGAGUACAAAGUCAAGAUCAACCCCAACUCGCUCUUCGACAUCCAGGUGAAGCGGAUCCACGAGUACAAGCGGCAGCUGCUCAACUGCCUCCACAUCAUCACCUUUUACAACCGGAUCAAGAAAGAACCAAACAAGCAUUUCGUGCCGCGGACAAUCAUGAUCGGAGGCAAAGCCGCUCCCGGCUACCAUAUGGCCAAAAUGAUCAUCAAACUCAUCACUUCCAUCGGAGACAUUGUGAACAAUGAUCCUGUCAUCGGCGAUCGGUUGAAGGUGAUCUUCUUGGAGAACUACCGGGUCUCGCUGGCUGAGAAAGUGGUCCCUGCGGCGGAUCUCUCCGAGCAGAUCUCCACGGCCGGCACCGAGGCCUCCGGGACCGGGAACAUGAAGUUCAUGCUCAACGGGGCGCUCACCAUCGGCACCAUGGACGGGGCCAACGUGGAGAUGGCGGAGGAAGCCGGCGAGGAGAACUUCUUCAUUUUCGGCAUGCGGGUCGAAGACGUGGACGAGCUGGACAGGAAGGGCUAUUGCGCCAAGGAUUACUACGACCACAUCCCUGAACUGAAGCAAGCCAUCGACCAGAUGAGCAGCGGCUUCUUCUCUCCCAAGCAGCCGGACCUCUUUAAGGACAUCGUCAACAUGCUCAUGUAUCAUGACAGGUUCAAAGUCUUUGCCGAUUACGAGGCGUACAUCAAAUGUCAAGAGAAGGUCAGCGCUCUUUAUAAGAACACCAAGGAGUGGACCAAGAAGGUCAUCAAGAACAUUGCCACCUCGGGGAAGUUCUCCAGCGACCGCACCAUCGCCCAGUACGCCCGCGAGAUCUGGGGCGUGGAGCCCACCCGCCAGAAGAUCCCGGCCCCGGACGACCCCCGAGAAUGAGGGCCCGGCCUUAGGGGACCCCUCUAGGCGUGCUCCUAAGCGGGGUCAACAGACCUCCCACUCCCUUCUCCUUUCUUCCCCCUUCUGGGCUAUUUAUUUCUUUCAUACCUUUCGUCACUUUUUCCCUUUUCUUAUGGGUUACGAUUCACUGUCGAGUGAACACAAUGUCGAGUAAACACCGCAGUGGGAGUUGUAGUUUGGCAAGGGAUGUUGGGAGUUAUAGUUUGGCGAGAGUCUCUUGUCUUCUAAAGAGUUGGGGGACUCCUUCCAAACAGGACUCCACGUGGAUGUUGGGAGUUGUAGUUUGGCAAGAGUCUCUUGUCUUCUAAAGAGUUGGGGGACUCCUUCCAAACAGGACUCCACGUGGAUGUUGGGAGUUGUAGUUCGGCAAGAGUCUCCAGUCUAGUAAAGAGUUGGGGGACUUCUUCUAAACAGGACUCCAUGUGGAUGUUGGGAGUUGUAGUUUGGCGAGAGUCUUCAGUCUUGUAAAGAGUUGGGGGACUCCUGACAAACUGGACACGUGGAUGUUGGGAGUUGUAGUUUGGCAAGAGUCUCCAGUCUUCCAAAGAGUUGAGGGACUUCUUCUAAACAGGACUCCACGUGGAUGUUGGGAGUUGUAGUUUGGCAAGAAUCUCCAGUUUUCUAAAGAGUUGGGGGACUCCUUCCAAACAGGACUCCACGUGGAUGUUGGGAGCUGUAGUUUGGCAAGAGUCUCCAGUCUUCCAAAGAGUUGAGGGACUUCUUCUAAACAGGACUCCACAUGGAUGUUGGGAGUUGUAGUUUGGCAAGAAUCUCCAGUUUUCUAAAGAGUUGGGGGACUCCUUCCAAACAGGACUCCACGUGGAUGUUGGGAGCUGUAGUUUGGCAAGAGUCUCCAAUUCUUUCAAAGAGUUGGGGACUCCUGACAAACAGGACUCCACGUGGAUGUUGGGAGUUGUAGUUUUGCAAGAGUCUCCAGUCUUCUAAAGAGUUGGGGACUCCUGACAAACUAUAUACAACCCACAGGAUUCACAACAAUUCGAUCAACACUGUUAUUGGCAGAGCAGACAAAAGACCGUGUCGAACUACAACUCCCACGACUCCAUAGUAUGUUUCGAACGGCAUUCAUUCGACACGCCCUCCGAUUACGUCGACCUCUUUAUCCAAUUUUUUUAUUUAAUUCUGGGGAAGGGAGAGAAGGAAGGUUUCGUUGUCUCCUCUGCGAGAUUCGGGAGGGAGGGGAAAACGUCAACACAAAACAACACAAUAAAGGUUUUUAAAUGAC